ACCUGAAGCAUCUGAUUUAGCUGAAAUUAGAAAUCAAGCUAUGGACUCCACAAUUCCUUCAGAAAUGGAAAUCAGUGGUACACCCCUGGAGCAUUCUGUUGGAGAAGCAGAGAAGCAAGCGGUUCCCCUCUAUUCAACUGAAACCAAAGAGGCUGUCCCUGAAAAGCCAAGAUUACCAUCUUCUGUUAAAGAAGGAGAAAAGCAAGAAAAAGAACCAUUGGCAGAGGAAUAUUCAGAAAAGGAAAGGACACAGGACAAAUUAACUACACCUUUUGAAACAAAGUCAGACCAGCUACCCUUGUUUGGGUGUCUGGACCACAAAUCUGAAGCUCAUGAAACUGAACCUGCAUUUGACUUAGCAGCUAUGCGUGGUGAACAUGAAGUGUCUGAUUUAGCUGAAAUUCGAAAUCAAGCUAUGGACUCCACAAUUCCUUCAGAAAUGGAAGUCCACACUUCACCCUGGGAGCAUUCUGUUGGAGAAGCAGAGAAGCAAGCGGUUCCUCUUUAUUCAGCUGGAACAAAAGAGCCUGUCCCUGAAAAGGCAAGAUUACCAUCUUCUAUUAAAGAAGGAGAAAAGCAAGAACUAGAACAGUUGUCAGGGGACUAUUCAGACAAAGAAAAGAUGGAGGAGCAAUUUACUGCAGUUUUUCAAACAAAGUCAGACCAGCUACCCAUGUUGCCUUUGGUUCAGGAAUCAGAAGCUCAAGAAACUGAAUCCGCAUCUGAUUUAGCAGAUAUGCAUGGUGAACCUGAAGCAUCUGAUUUAGCUGAAAUUAGAAAUCAAGCUAUGGACUCCACAAUUCCUUCAGAAAUGGAAAUCAGUGGUACACCCCUGGAGCAUUCUGUUGGAGAAGCAGAGAAGCAAGCGGUUCCCCUCUAUUCAACUGAAACCAAAGAGGCUGUCCCUGAAAAGCCAAGAUUACCAUCUUCUGUUAAAGAAGGAGAAAAGCAAGAAAAAGAACCAUUGGCAGAGGAAUAUUCAGAAAAGGAAAGGACACAGGACAAAUUAACUACACCUUUUGAAACAAAGUCAGACCAGCUACCCUUGUUUGGGUGUCUGGACCACAAAUCUGAAGCUCAUGAAACUGAACCUGGAUCUCAUUUAGCAGCAAAGCAUGAUGAACCUGAAGUGUCUGACUUAGUUGAAGUUAGAAAUCAAGCUACGGAAUGCACAAUUCCUUCACAAAUGGAAGUCCACACUUCACCCUUGGAGCAUUCUUUUGGAGCAGAGGUUUCUUUUCAUUCAACUGAAACCAAAGAUGCCAUCCCUGAAAGGGCAGGAUUACCAUCUUCUGUUAGAAAACCAGAAAAUGAAGAAAAAGAGCAUGUGGCAGGGGAAUAUUCAGAAAAGAAAAUAGUACAAGACAAAUUAACUCAAUUUUUUGAAAUGAAGUCAGACCAACGACCCUUGUUUGGGUGUCUGGACCACAAAUCCAAAGCUCAUGAAACUGAACCUGCAUCUGGUUUAGCAGUUAUGCAUGGUGAACCUGAAGUGUAUGGUUUACCUGAAAUUAGAAAUCAAGCUAUGGAAUCCUCAAUUCCCUUAGAAAUGGAAGUCAGUGGUACACCCCUGGAGCAUUCUGUUGGAGAAGCAGAGAAGCAAGUAGUUCCUCUUUAUUCAGCUGAAACCAAAGAAGCUGUCCCUGAAAAGGCAAAAUUUCCAUCUUCUGUUAAAGAAGGAGAAAAGCAAGAAACAGAACAGUUAUCAAAGGACUAUUCAGACACAGAAAAGAUGGAGGAUCAAUUCACUGUGCUUUUCCAAAGAAAGUCAGUCCAUCUUCCUUUGGUCCACAAAUCAGAAGGUCAAGAAACUGAAUCUGCACUUGAUGUAGCUUCCAUGACACAGGAAAUCUGUAAAACUACUGAAGAACCCCCUGGACCUUCAGAGUCAUCCUAUUUUAUGGUUGACGAAGAGGCCAAAAGAGAAGAGAAAUUGAAAUCAGACUUGGCAAGACAAGCUGCUCAGACUCAGCCAUCUUCGACUACCUUUCUAGAAGCAAAACAUCCUAUUGUAUCUCACCUAAGAGACAAAGUAGAGACUCAAGUUUCCUCAACAGAAUCUUGGUAUCCAGAUUCCACACUCUCACUUUCAAGUGCACAGGAGGAAGACACUCAACAACAUUCUACAGCACCAGCACAGCCAGAACCAGAACUUCUUGCAAUCUCUCAGUCCAUAAAAGCACCUCAUGGACCUAAAGAGAUAUUACUUGUCAGUGACAAAGUUACUGAGCUACUCAGCUCAUCAGAGCAGUUGUCAUCUAUUUCAUCUUUUCCCACUGCCAGUGUGGAAAAGCAUGGAACACAACCACCCUUGCUAAAGACUGCCGCACCAUUGUUUGAACAGCCAAACUCUGAUAUACCAUGCCUGGCUCAACAAAUGAAAAAACAAAGUAAUCUGUCUGAUUCUACAGAGGUGACAUCUGUAAUAACAGAAGCAUCAUUUUCUACCGUGCCUUUCCAAAAUGUUGAAAUAACAAAAGAAGAAAAUCAGUCUUUGUCAUACACAGAGGUUCUGUCAAAAAAAAUAGUUUCUGAAUCAAGGGAGGCAGAAGUUGCCAUAGAUACAAAAACAGGGCAACUUUUUCCAACUUGGUCUGCACAACACCCAGGUGAACCACCUGCUCAAAUGCAAGAACUGAAUUUAGAAAAUCAGCUGCACCCAGCUAUAAAAGCACAGUCAGAUUUUGAGAAACAAGAUAAAUCCUCUUCCGCAAUAAGUGAAGACCAACUGGAGCAUUCAUUGGAGUCUGAAUCAAGAAAGCAUUUUACACAGCAGAAUUCGACUGCUUCAUCCCAGUUGGAAGGAACAUCUGCACUGCAUUCUCUCAAUGAAAUACAUAAGAAAAUUAUGCAAUCCGAUAAACCUACCACCCAGCCAUUGCAUCCUGAUUCACUGCACCCUGGUUUUGAGCCAUCACAGACAGACGCUAUUCAGCAGCAAACUCUUCAGCAUUUAUCACAAACACUUCUACUCAUGGAACUGGAUACAGUGCAGCUAGGAGAAGAGAAGGAGAUAAAAGGGAUCCAGCCUCAUUUGCCUUCAACUGGGAAGGCUUUAUCUCAGUUAGUUUAUUCCAUGGAUAUGCAAGAAAAUCAAGGUAUUUCAGGAGCUGCAGCCCAAGAUUCUGGAUUUUUAAGCAUGCAACUCAAUAAGGCUGAUGCAGAGGAUUAUGGCACUUCUGAUCUAGAAUCAAAGCACCUGGCAAAACAAGCUGUUGAACCUAUAACUGCACAGUUGGAGACACACUACACAAAUAGGAUGCACUUCAUGUCUGAAUCGGGAAAACACUUAGACGUAUCCUUUCCAGCUCUAAGCAGAGAAGGAGAAGGCCUUUCAACACCUAUAUUUGUGACUGCAGAAUCAGAAGAUGAACAGCCAAUAUCAUCCAAAAAAGAGAUAGAAGAAACUGAAUGUUGUGCAUCCAUAAUUCCAACAUCCAAAUUAAAAGGUUCUGCUUUAGAAACAAAGGGAAAUCAAAAUGAUUUUUCUAAUGCAUUAAAUGAGGCAUCUGGAUCACCACCAUUAAUUUUAUCAUUUGUUCCUGAUAAAAUAAAGCCCCAGGCAAUACUUACAGAGUCAGUAGUAAAUUCAGAACCAGCCUCACAGCAAUCAAAUGUUCUUUCUUCAGAACUUACAGACAAAAUUGAGAUAGGAAAUAAUCAUUUCCCUUUCCCUGAGUCUCAAGAAGUAUUGUCAGAUUUACCAUUCUUUACAACUUCCUCUAUAGGGGAGGUCAGGAAAGAACCACUGCAUUCACCCACAGCCACAAAGAUUGUGUCAGAAGAAUCUAGAUCCAUUCUAGAUGAUGCUACAUCUGAAGAAAUAAAUGAACAAUCUCCUUUUUCUUCAGCUUUGUCUGCAGACCAGCUUUCUGUUGAACCAAUUUCAUCUUAUGGUGCUUCUGAAGAAGAGAAACAAGUCCAGACUCAUUCAGUUUUCAAUGAAGAACCAAUGGAUGUGGCUGCUGGGAAAGCAAAUAUGGAAGAUACUCAGUCUCAUUUGCUUGUUAUUCCACAUUCUGAAAACAGAAGCCAGGAUAGCAAGCUAUAUGGUCCUGUGGCAUUGCAAUCAGAGCUGGAAGGUUUGACUUUAUUGAAUUUCACUGAAGAAAAACCCAAGCAAGAAACCCUUCAAUAUUUACCUCCCACUGUACCUAAAGAAAUAUAUCACCAGGAAGAAAAAGAUGAUCAAGAAGGAAUAACUUCUGAGAUUGAAUGUUCAAAGGAGCAGGACACUCCAUUAAAAGAUGACAAUUUCUUGCAACCAGUAAAUGAAUCACAACUGGAAGAAAUUCAACUAUACUGCUCUGCAACUCUUCAAGAUUCAUCCCAGUUGGCUGAUAUAAGUCCCCAAGAACAAGGUAAUUACUUGCCUAAAACUGGAGAAGUAGAUUCUGGUGUUUCUGUAUUAUCACAGUUGAUGGAUGAUGCAGAGAAACAAAUCCAGACAACAUGGUCUGAAGCUGCUCAAAUGGAAUGUAAACCAUCCGUUUUGCCAGUAAAUGAAAUGACAGCGGUCCAGCAUCCAUCAUUCACUGCACCCCUGGAUACAAGACAUUUAGAUUUAUCUUAUUCCAAAAAAACAGAACUCUAUUCAUUUGAGGAACAAAAUCAGACUUCUGAACAAGAACCACUCAUUUCAUCUCUUCUUGCUAAGAAAGUGAAAGAGACAGAAGAGAAUGCAUAUCCAUCUUUAGUCUCAACAUCUUUGUUGAUCCCUUCCAGCCCUGUUACAUUGGAUCCAGUUUAUGAAAAAAAGAAACAAGAAGAACAGCCUUGCAUGCCUAUAAUAGCAAAGGUGGUGCCAGAAGAACCCAUGUCCAUUGCUGCAUUCCUUCUUUCUGAGGCAAAGGCAAUAGAUACUUUUUUCCCCCAGACCUCAGAAAAGAAGAAUUUAGAUACGCAAGCUCCUUUUGGGGAAGCUGACUCAAUAAAUGGUUCAGCUGUCCUUCCUGAGAAAAAUGCAAUGACAGAGAGGAAAACUGAGUCUCCUCCAACACAUUUUGAAUCAGAACCCCAGGUAGAGAGAGUCAUUAGUACAGAACAUUUUUCAAAAACAGAAGAAAUAAAGCAUUUGCCUAGCAUGGAGGAUACUUUGAAAGUGCCUGAAAACAAUUUGUGCAAAGAAAAGGAAUUCAAAGAUCAAGAGAAAUUGAGAGAAGAAGCUGUAUCAGCUCCUAAUCUUGAUCAAGGAAGAGACACAGUUAAUAUUUCUGAAAGUUGUGAAGUUGUGAAAACUAAUGCUUCUUUCAUUUCCUCUGUUGAUAGAAAGAAGCUUAUACUAGAGGCAGUAGAAACCAUUUCAUUGUUGGAAACAAAAGCAUUUAAUGAUGCUAGAGAUGUGGUUGUUGAUAAUGAACCUUCAGUCUACAAACCAAGCAGAAAAUGUUCAGAGGACUUAAAGAUAGAUCACCAUGAAAAGACGGAAAAUGAAUCAAAGGAAUUUUACAAAGAAAAGGUUAUCAAGGAAAGCGCAGAAACUGAAAAGGAGGGUUCUGUUAUUCCAGAAAGCAAGGAUGAUAGUAUUUUUACUAACACCAAUAUUGAUUAUGUUGAAAAAUACACUUUGAUUGAUAAUGCAUCCUUCACCCAAACAGGAAAAGAACAGUCUAUUCAGGAAGCUCAGAGACCAUUUGAUGAUAUAAAUAAACAAUAUGUGGAAGCUACAUAUCCAGCAGCAAAAUCCAGGAAUAUUUUGGAGUUGUCUUCAUUAGAAAGAAAUUUGGAUGAAGUCUUUAAUGGAAUGAUAGGGAAAAAAAACACAACAGCUACCCAUGAAGACAUUUCAAAAACAGCAAAUGAAAAUGAAAUGACUGAUGCUGUUAGGGAAGAUGAUAAAAACACAGAGCAUGAGUUUAACUCAGCAGAUGCUAAUGCAGUCUUAUUUAAUACUGAGAAAGAUGAGUUGUCCCAAUCUCCAGCUGCUUCCUUGCCAAUGACUACCGUAGACUCUGAGGUUCAAGAGCUGCCACCUGCCUUGGCACUUUUAUGUAAAGAUUUCUAUGAAGAAGCAGUGGGCAAUUCUAAAAAAGAUAGCCACAAAAGUAAAGGAGUGAAGGAUACUGAUCUGCCUUUUCAUAUUAGAGAUCAUGUUCCAGAUGAUAGGAUUGGAAUGCAUCUGGAGAAGGGCAUUUCUAGAGAUUACCCUCCAAAUAAUGUGGAAGAAUCCAAGAGGGAAGACAUUUUUAAAGAUCAGCUUAUUAAUGAGGAGACUUUAACCCAACCAAAUGUCACAGAAGAUGCCUAUGAACCAAAUGAUAAAAAGUACAAGCCUGCAGAUAAUCAACCUGAUCUAUCUGCCGAAGUGGAGGAAUGUCUGAGUGAUACACUUACUAACAGGACAACUGAGAUUGUGAGUGACAUAAAAAUUGCGAUUUGUCAGCCAACACAUGCAAUUCCUUUUGGAAGGGGGUUCGAUAGCUCAGGUGCCAGCAAUGAUGAUAGUGGUCAGAGAAGAGAAGAACAACCCUUGUCUGAAGAAACAGGCCAACUGGUACCAGAAGAAACAAGUGAUGAGGAGUCUAGUCCGAUACUUAAUUAUGCAGCAACUGUAUAUCAGACUGAACCAUCUGGGCAAGAUGAAUCAAAGAAUGCUGCUGGAUUUACCCAAAAUCAACAAUCUGAAAUAACAGAAGUUCAUGGAAUGGAUGAAGGUGUAGUUGUAAAGCCUGCAGAAAAAAAUGCACAGUCUCUUGAAGCAUUCAGUCAUGCUGAUAGGCAAAGUGAGAGACAACUAGAAGAUAUGUAUGUUUCAGUUGAGCCCACAGCACAAGAUACACAGGUUUUAGAUCACAAGGAUCUUCCGUGUUGGGACACUGAAGUGCAAAAAUUUGAGAACAGAAUUGGAGAAAAUAGUGCCCAGGAUCUAAUGCAGUAUGACACUGAAACAGCAGACCAGUUAGCAACAGAAGCAAAAUCUGAUCAUCCAUUUAGGGAAGUUGACUAUUCUCUUUUGUCGCAUGAUUUUGAUACCUACCCAUUAUACUCAAUAAAGGAGGAAGAGGACAGUGACAUUGAUGAAGAUCUAGCUGAGCUCUUGAACUAUGAAGUGGUUACCCAUGAUGAUGUAUUUCAGGAAGAAAUCUUUUCAGAAACAGCUCAUGAAGAACUGUUGUUUGAUGAUAAAGAAUCCCUAGAUUCCAUUAGUGAUACUUAUGAAUUUGUGAAUGAAAGAGAGGCAAGUAUGUAUGCUGAAGAAAAGGGAGUUGAAUCACUUGAUCUUGAAAUGCUACGAAGAAAUGUACCAGAAUGUGAAUUUCUACAGAAAGAAGUUGAUCAAGCACAUUUGGAUACAUAUUGCUACCAGUGUAAAUGUCCCAUCUCCUCUGAGGAUAAGCUUUUUGAGGAGCAUAAAGACCACAAUAUAGCCGAUUUGGGUACAGCUGUGACUGUGUUAAAGGAUCAAUUGGAUGGAUUUUUAGAUGUUUUGCAACAACGAUCUUUGAAAAUUGAAGGAUGUGUCAGUGAAAUAGAGGCUUUGUUUAACACUCUAGAGGAAAACUGUAAGGAAAAGGAAAAGUUGUUGGAAGAGCAAAAUGAAAAUGUGGUCAAGAUGGUAAUUGAUCAUCAUGACAGAAAGACACAGAAUUUUGAAGAAGCAAAGAACAAAAAAAUGGAGUAUCUUUAUGAAGAGAUGGUUAAUUUUCAAGACUAUAUUGAUACAGCAAAGGAGACACUAGAAGUGAUAAUAAAGGAAACUGAAGAAAUGGAUGAUUUUGCUUUCCUAAAGUCAUCUGAAGAAAUAAAUAAAAGGUUACUUUCUGCUGUGGAAAAAAUUGUGACUUUGGAAAAGAUGCCUGCUGCUUUCUCACAGUUUGAACCUUGUGCAGGUAGCUUUACAAAUAGUGACAGGACUUCACAACACAUGCCUGUCCCAUGUACUCCAAAAUUACAGCCUCAGGAUCCAAACUCAGCGACCAGCACAUCGAUUGCUGUGUAUUGGACGGUGAAUGAAGAUGAUCUCAUUGAUUUCUUCCAGGUUUAUUGUAUGGAGGAAUACCCAGGAAGCAAAGAACAAAGUGGCUUCAGUGAAGAAUAUCGUGUCAUUGUGAAAGAGAGUAACUGCAUUUUGGAGGAUUUGGAACCUGGUCAUUGCUACAGUGUGUGGAUCAUGGCUAUAAAUUAUGCAGGAUGUAGUUUUCCCAGUGACAAAUCCAUAUUUAGAACUGCUCCUCCGACUCCUGAAAUAAAAUCAGAAGACUGCACCGUCUGCUGGGACACUGCCACCAUUCGAUGGAGCACCUGCAACCUAGAAGCAGCAGAAUCUUUUACACUUGAGUACUGCAGACAAUAUUCCCCUGAAGGAGAAGGCCUCAGAUCUCUAGCUGGAAUUCGACAGCCUGAAACAAAGGUUCGCCUAGAACCAAACGUAAACUAUUUCUUCUAUGUGAGAGCAGUAAAUACUUUUGGAACAAGUGAACAGAGCGAAGCUGCUCUGAUUUCAACAAAAGGAACAAGAUUUCAGAUAAUGAGAGAAACCGUUCACCCUGUACUGCAAGUAUCACCCAAUGGAACCAUGAUAUGUCUUCUGGAUGAUACUAACCUCACUGGAAGCCCCCCAUUGCUGGGUGAGCUCUUGCCUGCCCAGGGAUGGCAUUACUGGGAAAUCACCGUCAGUGACUGUAAAGCUUACAGGGUUGGGAUCUGCUGUUCCACACUCCCAGAAGGCAGUGACCUGGGACAGAAAAACAAUUCAUGGUGCUUACAUUGCUCCAGCACCACAAGUUCUGUAUAUGAAGUUCUCCACAACGGGGAGAUGAGCGAAAUUAUUGUGACUGAACAGCCUGUCCGGAUUGGCAUCCUGCUAGACUACAGUACUGGAAGACUCCUAUUCCUCAAUGCAGAAAGAGGGCAGGUGCUGUCUGCUAUCAAGUACAAAUUCACUGAAGCAGCUUAUCCUGCUUUUGUACUGGAACAAGCGGGGUGUCUCAACCUGCAUACAGGCAUGGAACUACCAGAAUUGGUAAAGCAAAGCUGAACAUUCUCGUCUAAAUCACCUACAAGACAAAAAAGAAAAAUAAUUUGGUAAAAAGGCUUGAGAUGGACUUUUUCUUUGUAUUCAGUGGCCAUGAUUCAAAGAAAUGCUCAGAAAGUUCAGUGGCCUCUAUAAGUUUUUCCUUCUAUUCAGAAACACACUCAGAUACACAGAUACACACAUGCACACAGAAAUUUAGCAACAGAUCAAAAAAAUGUCAGUUACCAGAGUCACUGGUUUGAGAUGGGUGGCUAUAUAAAUUGAAUAAAUUGAAUUGAAUUAAUAAAUAAAUAAAUAUACUAUGGGGAAGUUUCAAAAGCAGAUCAAAGAAGCUCCCCUCAGGAGAAAAACUGAGAAGUUCACAGAGGACAUGUCAUCCAUCCACAGGCCUCCAAGGUAUUUGGAUGGCGCCCAAAUACUUUCCCCCAGCUAUUUCUAUUCACUGGAAUCAUGUGCUCAAAGCUCACAUAGAAAUCCUAAACAGAAUCUCACCACUUACAAUUUUUCAUGCACUUUGUUGUAGGUAUCAAAUUACUUUCUGCAGGAAAAAGUUUAUAUUACUAAGUUAAUAUUAAUGGUAUAUUUAAUUAAUAUUAAUAUUUAAUCAAAUUGUGUUCAAAGACAUGAUAUGCUCAUGCAACCCCUAUUGGCUGAAGGGCUCCAGGAGUUUCUUUUGCAUUAGUCCCUUGAUUUCAAACCCAGCACAACUGACAAGACCAAGCAAGUAAGAACCACACAGAUUUUAGGAAGGUAUCUUUAAUGCUAGUCAGGGGUAAAUACAGAAUCUUGGAAAUGCAAAUAAGAAUUCCCCACCUUCAUUUACAGUGCAUUAAUUAAAGUCAAGUUUC